AUGGCCGCCACCAUGCUGAGCAAACAUCAGACGCCCGGAUAUCGGGAAGCGCCCAUGGACCCUGCUCCGUACGUGGAUGCCUUGGGCAAUCCAUUGCCCCCCAUUCGCAAGCUUGAUGACCUUCCAAACAUCAAGGACACGCCGCCUGAAUCGAGUGCCGCUGAAGUCGAAGGACCGAUUUCUGGCACAAGCGCUUUGAUCCAGGUUGAUAGCGGACCUUCCAUUUCACAACCCGAGGAGGACUCUCCACGCAACAAGGCCCGCUCCGCUCGGUUGGAUAAGCCUGCAGAGAAGCCUGUGGUUAUGGUGGCACAUGAGCGCGGGCCUCCCAAUUCCUCCCGCAGCGACCGGCAGGGCUCACAUUCUUCAGCUGGCAGCCGUGGCAGCCGCUCAGGCGUUGAUGCUGCAGGUGAGGGCUCCAAGAGUUCCAAACCUCGACCGAAGGCACGCCCUGUCAGUCCUGUUUCACCAGCUGCCUGUUUCACCGCCAUGGCGACUCCUAAGCCCAGUCUCACUCGAUUGGAGACCAGAGCCGUUGAGGAAGAUGCCAGGAAGUGGUACGAAGAGUUUUGCGAAUGGAUCAGAAACCGCGGCCAAGAACUGGAUUACGUGGAUCUCGACAAUCAGCUGUCCGAGUAUCUGCGGGAGAAGUACUUCGAAGGGAGCCCAAGGUCGUUUGCUGUAAGCGUGGUGAAAGCUGUGAAGUUUGAAGUCCCGCCAGAAUUGGGCCGCAACCAACUCUGGAGAGCACGAAGUGCUUGUGCCCGGUGGGAUUCCUCCUUUGGUCCAUGGACAGAAAGUGAUCCAGAGAAGGUGAAAGCCAACGUUUCGAUGGCCUUCCGCACCCCCGCGCUGUUGCACUUCCUCGGCUCCUCACUGGGCCUCUUUGCGCUGCUCAACACGCAACGGCUCUUCAAAGCGAUGGUGACGGCGGUGGAUAAUGCAAUUUGCCGUGUCUAUGCGGAUGUGGGUAUCACUGGCGGUCACAAGCUGCUGGAGGAUUUUCGACACUUCUUUACCCGUCAGAUGUUUGGAGAUGAGGAGAAAGAUGGUAACACGGAGGUGUUUGGCCAGGAGCUCUGCGAAAUCAUGAUUGACACCGUGGGUUUGCUGUUCAACCGCUACCACCGGCGUUUUCAGGUGACCCACGGGUUGAACCUCCAAGAUGGCAACAAUUUGGAGUGGACCAUCCAAACUGGUGGAUCCCAAGCUGAUGUCAGCUUCCUUGGCGAGAGCUUCCGGCGAUUCUUGGAUCCCCAGCAGGUCUCGGAUGUGCUUCAGCUGUUGAACCCCAAAAGCCUUGCCACGAUCUCGCAGCUCUUCCCAGAUGCCAAGUAUGACGUGGCAUUUCUGCAGGAGACCUUUGAAGCCUUCAAUGAAGAUGCCGUUUAUAACUUGAAGGACACCCAUUUUCUGCAUCAAAUCCGAGGCACGCGCCAGGAGUGUUAUUUAUCACGGCCGAAGAAUGGGGAGUACCUGCCGGACAAUAUGAACCACUUGUUGAAGACACAAAAACAUUUGGAUCCCACCAGGGUGAAAUUCUACACUCAGCAACUUCAAGAGGCCUUGAAGGCGGGUCACCGUGCCCGUCCCACCGCCCUGGUGCUGGAUUUCUUCAUGGACGGUCAGAUCCAUGACGUGCAGCCCGACGAGGAUCCGGCGCUCCGUGGGCCCGGGGGCCGCCGAAAGCAACAGCGUCGGGUGGACGCCUGCGAUGAGAAAUUCAUGGAUUCAUGCAGGAAGGCCUGGUUCCUAUUGGAUGGACAUCACAAAGUGGAAGCUGCAGCUCAACUGGGUUGCAGUCUCAACUUUUUGGUCAUCUCACCCUGCGCGGAGCCUUACACACCUCUGGAAGCUACGGAUGAAUAUGCAUCGCCACUGACUCGAAAGGUAACCUUUCCUUUGUUGUGGCCUGCUGGUACCCAAGAGGACCUUUGCAUCAGGUGGGCCGAAGGAAACCUCUGUAAGCACAGCCCGAUGCUGAUCAGCAGCGCCAAAGAACCACCGCAGGCGUGGCAAGAUGUCGUGGGAUGUACCUGUUUCUUCAAGGACGAGUGGUUCCCAGCCUGGGGUUUUCGACCGAUGGCCGCGAGGAAAGAGGCAGGUCGUCGAGAGAUGCUCGAGAAACUCUGGGAGCGCUUUGGAAAGGAGCACGAACUCUUUACAACUUAUGCGCGUGCAAGGAUAGAGGAUCUUCCUGAUGCUUUGCAGGAGGAAGCAUCGGGAUCUGCACUUGUGCCCCCAGAGGUGGCAGAGGAGUUGCAGGCCAAAUUGGAUGAAUGCCUUGAUACCAUCAAGUGGUGUGCCUCCUCCAUCACCCGUGACAGCCUGCAGGACGUGAAGAACACGAACCGGCCUGCACCGGUGGUGAAGGAUGUCUUAGAGGCAGUGUCAAUCCUUCUGGCUCAACCUGAGACUAGGUGGGACCGGCUGAAGCAGAUGAUCAGCAAACCUCAAUUCUUUGACAAGUUGCAGCGGUUAGAUUUCCAACGGAGCAUCUCCAAAGAGCAGUUCAAGAAGCUGCGCGACAAAUUGGCCAAUCCACACUUUGACGAAGAGCUGAUCAAGACCGUCAGUGUGCCUAUGGUGCCGUUGGCAAUGUGGUGUCGAGCAAUCGGCGUCUACUUGUCGAAGACAAAGUAUCGAGGUGGUCCAGAGAUUCGUCCUGUGGCCGGUGCGGGUGCAACACCUCAGCUGCACUACGAAGAACGGCGAGAGAAGGUAGAGAUGAGCAUUCAGCCUGACCUGAGCGUUCUGAGUGAUGAGGAGCUCAGGCAACUGGCGCUGGGUACGGCCUGGAUGAUCGGCAUCGUGUUCGGUGCUGAGUAUGAUGAGAAGCCCAUCAACUCUCAGCCUGCACUGGCACAGCAAAAGUGGGCAAUGUCAGUCUUGGCCAAUCCUAUUGUGCUUGGACAGGCGGUGCAACAGGGGCUGUUUAACUUUGGCAGAAUGAAGAGUUUGAAACAUUGCAUGUCGAAUGCAUGUUGA